AUGAGCUCUACCACCACCGUCACCGAGCAGCCCAAGAUCACAGCUGAGAAUGUUGCGCGUCUGUUUCCCGAUGUCAACACAACCGUGGUUGGAGGGUCGCACGACUCUGCCCGCGACGACGAUGCACUCGCUGGCUACGACGAGGAGCAAAUCAAGUUGAUGGACGAGGUGUGCAUUGUAUUGGACGACGAGGACAAGCCUAUUGGAAGCGCAAGCAAGAAAGUGUGCCACUUGAUGGAGAACAUCAACAAGGGUCUCCUGCACCGCGCCUUCUCCGUCUUCCUUUUCGACUCCCAGAACCGCCUCCUCCUCCAGCAGCGAGCGACCGAGAAGAUCACAUUCCCGGACAUGUGGACAAACACUUGCUGCUCGCACCCUCUCGGCAUUCCCGGAGAGACUGGAACAACCUUGGAGGAGUCGGUUCAGGGUGUUCGACGUGCGGCGGUGCGCAAACUCGACCAGGAGCUUGGCAUCCUGGCUUCUCAGGUACCCAUCGGUGACUUCAAGUUCUUGACAAGGAUACACUACAAGGCGCCUAGUGAUGGCAAGUGGGGUGAGCACGAAGUUGACUACAUCCUCUUCAUCAAGGCCAACGUCGACCUUAACAUCAACCCCAACGAAGUCCGUGAUAGUGCAUUCGUCACUCAGGACGAACUGAAGGCAAUGUUCCAGGACAAGUCGCUCAAAUUCACACCGUGGUUCAAGCUGAUCUGCGAGACGAUGCUCUUCGAAUGGUGGAGCCACCUCAACUCCGGCCUCGAGAAGUACCUUGGCGAGACAGAGAUUCGAAGAAUGUAA